CUUGUCAUUCCUGACGACUAACCAAAAUUGAUUUUACCAGCAAUUGCGAUGGAAUGCAUGGAAGACACGUGACUAACUAUAAGAUGUUCUACCUGAUACUACUCCUGCCCCUUCUCCCUCGUCCCGCCUACCAAGUCUGCUUACCCCAGUACGAUUACAUGGUUAACCUUUACGAAGAAUCCCAAGACAACACCUCCUCAAAGACCAAAGUCCACAGUUUUGCCAGCAACGGCAAGAGUCGCAAUAAAAACAACAUAAUAUUCUCGUUUGAGAACGACUGGAAGAUUCCCAUGAGCUCGAUGGUGGGUGCGGAUCUGCACGUCAUCUCAGUUUCAGAUCUCCGGAGUAAGCUAGCCCAGUAUCAGCUCCCUGAACCAGAGUUCGUCGUGGUGGAACUCUUCUUCAAGAAACGGGGCUUCAGGACCUUCCCCCGCCGAAUAUCCUCCACUGUGGUGGAUCUAAGGAACUCUAGUACUAUCAGUGUGAACGUGAUGGACUAUUUGUCCCGGGUCAUGAACCGACCCUACCCUCAACCCAAGCUCAUCCUCUCCCUGGCUUUUAUGGGAGGAGACGCUCUUCCUUCAAAGUUCCUCAUAAACCGGGGCUGUGUGACACCCUUCCUGAUCGUCCGAACCAGGGAGAAUCUCGACACAGACGUGGUGAACGAGAUCCAGAAACCCUUCAUCACUACUGGAGACAGACCCUGGGUUGGAGACAACAAGAGGACCAAGAGACGGGCCAAGAACUGGGCCACACCUCUCCUUUACCGAGACGUGACAGAGCUGGAGAAAGUCAACUACCACUGCAGGAGACAGGACCUGUGGAUCAACUUCGACGAGAUAGGCUGGGACUUUGUGAUCACGCCUAAAGACGUAAACAUAGGGGACUGUGGCGGGCAGUGUCUGGACGCUGAUAACAAUAUUGCUCAUGCAGUGGUCAAGCAGCUCCUUCAGAAAAUGCACCCUGCUAGAAACGCGGGCAUCUUGUGCUGCCAGGGGGCCAAUUACAAGGAAAUAUCGGCCCUGUAUUUCAAGAGCAAACACGAAAUCGUUAUUGGGAGCAUGCCUAAAAUAAUUGUAAAGGAAUGUAGAUGCCGCUGAAAACUUUCUUUUUACAUUAUGAGUUUAUACUAUUCCUAACACUAGAGAAUAUUUAUUGUAUAUUUGUGUAAAAUACUAGUUGGAUGUGAGCAGUGCAUGUCACGUGGGACCACCCAUUAUUGACUUAUGUUGAAAACAAUGAAUAGCUUUUGUCAGAUGUUAGUGGAUUUAAAUAUUUACAUCGAGAUCUUAUAAGAUGUUGCGUAAAAUGUUUGUUAUAUUACUUCACGUGACAUAAAACUGUUUCUUUGAAAGUACCUUUGAAUAUAUAUACGCUACUCAGAUAUGUUGGGUUCUUUGAGAAAUAUCGAGAUCUUUAUGUCACACAACUCACCCACAUACCUUUGUAAUACUACCCGAACACUCCCAGUCUCUUAAAAUCUUAAAUGUGGAGGCGGGUGGCAUGUUCUAGUUCUGCAUGAUACGUGCGAUGACGUCACGUGACAUUCCAGCAGUCCCCACGUGACGUCAUCAUCCCAAAUACAAGGUGAGGCAUGUUUUGAUCCCUACCUCUCCUCUCAGGGCAGCAUUGGACGGGGAACUCACUGGACUUCACCUUCUACAUCGGCUCCAAGGAAAGCGACCUGACAGUUCUGAAGGCGGAGCUGGUGGUCAUAUCCCAUGAGAAGUUGAAGGAAGUCCUGAUGCUGAGUGCUGGAGAAAGGGUCAGGGUAACGGUAAUUAUACACUUCCUUAGGAGGGGUCACCAGCAGGAGUUCAAGUUCCCGAUCUUUAACGAGACCUUCAUGGUGUCCGGAGAGGACUCCACCAUGCCGUCCGGGUACAUCAGUGCCAAUCUGACCCCGUACAUGAGACGAGAGUCUCUGGAUUUCCCGCGGUUCCGGGUCAAAGUGCUGGUCCACGACGUGUCCAGACAGAGACUACCGUACACAGCCCAGGAUAUCCUACAGGAGGACACCAGCUGUACCACGCCCUUCAUUGUUAUCACUACUAGCAAGAAACAGGAACUAGCUUACGUAACCAACAUCAUCGAGAGGAAGAAAAGAGGUGCUACCGGCUUCACUCCUGACUCUCAGCGUACCAUCCAAUACAAGGACGUCACUCCUCUGGAAAUACCGGCUUUCCCCUGUCAGAAAGUUAAGUUUGACCUGAACCUGGCUGACAUAGGCUGGGACUCCUGGAUGUUGAUACCUAAGAUGGUGGAUAUUGGAGUGUGUCAAGGGACCUGCACCAACAUGGACAUGCUCAUCCCUCACGCUCUAGCCAAACACAAGAUCGCCCAGAUGAUGCCCAAUGAGAAGAUAGGUAAGAUUUGCUGUCAGGAGGCCUCUUACAAGGAGAUUGUGGCGCUCUACCAGAUAGACGGCUCCCUGGUAAAGUCCAUCCUGCCCCAGUUUGUGGUAAAUGCCUGCAGAUGCAGGUAAACUUUCUAACAUCGGGUGAUACGUAGAAUGUACCUGAUAAGGACUGAUUGAAGCUUGAGAAAGAUGGAAGCUGGAGUGGCUGAGCGGCUAGCCAGGACGAGAAGUUGGUGCUGGCAGAUUGAAAAGAGAGAGAUGGAGAGCGAUACGGCAGAUUUAUAGGACUAGGACUACACUACAUUACUUGACGCAGAAUAUCCGAAAAGACUUGAAUUACAACAACUACGGCAUGAGCUCUAUUUAUCGAGAAAAUGUCUGCUGGAAUCACAUGAUAAACGAUUGUUAAUGACUGUAUGGUGAUUUUCACGCGUAAUAAUAUGAUUGCUGCACCCCGAACAUGCCACCUUGCCCCAUAAACAUUUCCUUUUUUAAUCGAUUCCAAAUUCUUGGACCCUAAAAUUCGGUUCCCAAAGUACACCCUUUUAAAAAUUGCGUUUCAUUACGUCAAUAAUAAGUUUGUUUUUUUCUGAGUCAGAUAGGUUUGUGAAAGGCGUAUUACUAUUCGCGUGAUUUGUGAUGUAACAUUUUGUUGAUUUGAAAAUAUGUUUUUGAGUUAGGAACAUUCGAUAUGUUAUUCAAAUGCUGAUGAACGGCUGAUUACUAGUCUAGCUUUGAAAACUCGAAGGAAAAAUAAGCAACAAAUUUAAUUUUAACGAGAUAUUUUAGUCAACAUUUGAUUAAAAAAUUCCAUAUGACGUUGCUCCUUUUUCCUUCUCGCUUCAAAUAGUCAAACUUUAAUUCAAUAUUCAUGUUCACUAAAUUGUUAACUAAAACUAAACAGUGGUUUACUAAUUUUAUACGUUUUUAGGCGGGAGUUUGAUAAAGCUGAAUUGCAUAACUUAAGAUGCAAUCAAGAGGAUUUUUCAUGGUUUAUAAUCGCAUUUCCAUCUUUCAUUUCUUAAAUAAAACCGAGAGAACAUUCGAGAUUCGGUCCAACAUUACCAUAUUUAGUAUUACCGGAUGCUUGAGUUACUAUUUUGAGCUGUACAUGUACGCAACAAUUUACACACUAAAAUUUAUAUUCGUCACGAUGCCGUGAAAUUCGUCACAUCCCUAUUGAUAUCCAGUUCCAAGGAUUCCGCGUACAUUCAGAGAUUAAUUUAAACGCAUAUUAUACUUGGGUAACGAGUAGUAAUUUAAUCCUAUUUGUAGAUUAGAUUAGCUGAUGUCACCCUCCUAAAUAGUGGCUAUGAUGAUGAUAUGUCGUGUAUACCUAGAAUCUGAAAACCGAUGCGGACUUGGAAAAUUAUUUGUUCACACACAGAUGGACAAUGUCAUUAUAUAACGAGGAAGGGGAUUAUUAUACCGUAAUAUUUGAAAUUUAAGACGGUAGUGUUACUGUAAACCGCGUGCCAUGAGCUGUUGUGUCCUUAGUUUUUGUUUGAAUGGUCGCUCACACAUCAGGCCAGGAUAUGGAUAUUUCAGAUUCUUUGAAUUAAUGCAUUUAAACAGUCACUGGAGAGGACUAUUUGGAAUGUUAAUUCAAAUAUUUUUUUUCAAAAUUGUUGUUUUUUCUCAUUUAA